UGACACAAAAACUCUUUGGGGGUAUAAAAGCGCGCCACUGACCACAGACAGCAUCCAGUCAAAGGUUUGGAAUCGCUAGUGAUUCUACAAUCCUUCCACAGUCCAUUUCGCUGUUACUGAGUUGCUCCUUGGCAAGUCCCAACAGACUCCACAAUGAAAGUAUUCAUCUGCUUAGCCGCUCUGCUGGUGGCCUCCGCCUGCGCCAGCAAAACCGAGGGUGAGAAGGUGCCGCUGGAGAAGAAGCUGGACAAGCGCGGCCUGCUCGACCUGGGCUACGGCUACGGCCACGCUGGCCUGGACACCGGCUACCUGGGACACGGCUCCCUCUCCGGCCACGGCUACGGCCUGACCGGACACUCGGCUCCCGCCGCCAUCGCCGUGGGCCACAGUGGCCCCGCGAUCGCCGUUGGACACACUGCCCCCGCCGUGGCUGUCCACCACGCCCCCGCCCCCUAUGUGAUCAGCAAGCAGGCCGAUGUCCACAAGACCAUCACCAUCACUAAGGGAAUCCCCGUGCCCGUCCAUGUGGACCGCCCCUACCCCGUGGUGCACGAGAAGCGCGUGCCCGUCGAGGUUAAGGUGCCCGUGCCCCAGCCUUACGAGGUGAUCCGCAAGGUGCCCGUGACCGUCAAGGAGUACGUCAAGGUGCCCGUGCCAGUGCCCCAGCCCUACGAGGUCAUCCGCCACGAGAAGGUGCCCGUCCAUGUGCCCGUCGACCGCCCCGUGCCCGUUGAGGUGCCCAGGCCCUACCCCGUCCCGGUGGCCAAGCCCUACCCCGUCUACGUGGAGAAGGCCGUGAACGUCCAGGUGCCCGUGCACGUGGACCGUCCCUACCCCGUCUACGUGAAGGUGCCCGUGGUGUCCCACUCCGUGGUGAAGCACGCCCCCACCGUCGCCGUCAGCAGCUAUCCCGUCAGCGCCAUCGGCCACAGCGCCAUUGGACACGACGCCACCGUCUUCGCCGACCACCAUGGUUACCACAAGUAAGCGGACGGACGCACCGGACCGGACCGGAAGCGGAAGCGGGCGAUUCCAUUGGAGCGAGCGGGAGCGGACUUUCUGGAAAUGAGCCGAAGGAGAGAUCUAGCAACAUUUUCAACUACCACCUUCCCCACACCACUCCGCCUUCCUUUCCCAGCCGAGCGAAAAGAAAACUUACAACCUAAAACUUAAUACACCCCGGGAAGUCCAACUUCCGCCCUGCCACUCUCUGUAGCUGUUAAGAACCCCAAGAUGAACAAGCAAUGCCUUUUGUAAAUUAUUUCCAAUCCAGCCAUCCAAUGGAAGCCAUUGUGCUGGCCAAAACUCCAGGUUUAGGAUAAAUCCAGCUAGCUGUUUGUAAAUUUCGCCAUUUAUGGACUGUCUAGCUGGCCACGUUUAUCAGUGAAAGGUUUCGGCGCACAAUGAAUCGAAUGGAUAACAACAGAAAUAUCUAUGUGAACACCUAUUAAGGACAAAUAAAAUAAAAUGUAUAAAAUAACUACAUUGGUCUUUGUCACUGGUCCGCUGCUGGAAAUAGUUUACCAUAGGGUCCUUUGUUGGUAAAUGUCUUGUAUAUAUGUUUUGUAAAUAAAGAGUACGUCGUUGUUAA